GGGGCUGCGGGUCUCUCAUGCGAGCGGGGUGUUGCUGCUUCUGGGAUCAGAGACGUUUUGGGCCCCAAGUCCCGCCGCCGCCUCCUUCUCCACGCCCCCCCCUUCCUCGCUGCUGCCGCCGCCGCCUCCUCCCCCCGGGCCCCGCUCUCCAUCCUCCUCCUCCUGGGAUCCGGCAGCAGCGAGGCCCUGGUGGUGGCGGCGGCGGAGAGAGGCCCCGGCCCCCGCGGAGACCCCGGCAGGAGUGAGAGACCCCGCCCCCCCGGAAACCCCGGCAGCGAGCGGCGAGAGGCCCGGGCGGCAGUGGCUGUUGGUGACAGCUUACCAAGGUGGCCAGUAAAGUUCUCUCUGAGGAGCCAAAAAGCAGACAGCUCAUGACUUCUGAUCAGGACACUAAAGUUGUGGCUGAACCGCAGGUGCAGCAAGUACAAGAAGUUAAAGACAGUUCUCAUCUAAAAGUUAGUUUAGAUGUGCAAGAAGGCGAUUUGCAAUGUGAGCUCUCCUGUAGUACAACUUCUUUAAACAUGGGUUGCUGCUUCAGUAAAGAACUAACUACCAGCAAAAAUAAUGAAAAAACUGGCCUGUUACAAAAAUCGGUGGAAGAGGAGGCACCAGAAAACAGGAUAAGUAAAACUUUACCUUCAAUUUUAGAAACUGUGGAAAGUAAGGAGCUGCACGCAGCAGAAAAGACAGCUAAUGGGACAGCUGCUUUAGUCAGUAUUGAGUGCAUUCAUACCGAUAAUUGCAUGGAGUCAAAUCCUAAACGUGGGUUCUGGGGUAGAAAAACAAAGUAUCCUUCAUACAGAAGUGUGGAGAACACUGACAGUGAGCAAGUCACUAAAAGAAAGUAUAACAGACCUUUUAACUUUUUUCUUUCAUUUAGUCAUAUCCUAAAGGUCUUUAAAAGAUAUGAAAAUUUGGAAAAGAGUAAAGAAAAGGAAGACUGGGAUGGCAGUGAAAGAAUAAUUGAAAAUACCAAUAGGAAUACUCAGUGUGUGAACAAUACAGAAAUCUCUCAAUGUAAUAGUCAUAAUGGAAAUAAAUAUAUUCUAGCCAGAGAGCCAUGUUCAUUGGAUUGUAUUUCUUCUUCAUGGAAACCGGUGGCUCUAGACCAAGGCUCACAGGAAGAAACUUUGGUAAAUAUGAGUUAUCUGGAAUAUUACCCAGUUAAAUGUGAAUAUUCGCGAACACAGAAUGAAAUAAUGGAGAAUGUUCAAGACAACAGUCGUGACAGCCAUAGAAAGAUUUCAGAUACAUCAUGCAGACAAACAGCAGUUCCAGCUUUUACCUAUAUUGAUAUAGACCAUAGACAACAUAGACGAGAGGAGUUUUAUAGUAUUUGUAUUGUAGAUGCUGAAGAUCUGAAAAUGGAUGAAGAGAUGCCAGCUACUGAGCAUGGAGCGAUUGCAGCAGACGUAGAUAAUUCAGCUGUUACAGUUGAAGGAAUGUGCAAUGUGGUAUGCCCUCUAGACACUAGGAAAGAAUUUCCAAUCCUGCAGUCAGCACAAGUAGAAGCAGAGUUUAAUACACAGAAAGAACCCUCUGUAGGUGAAGAAGAGCAUAGGUCAAUCCUGCAAAAAAAUGAAACAAAGGAGUAUGGUCAUAUGGAUGUCCAAUCAUCUUAUAACGACUUACUGGAUAGCAGCUGUCAGACAUAUAAGCUAAAUAUGGACACUAUAGCAACAGAUGGUUUAAGAGCACUAGUAUAUGAUGAGUUUCCUGAAAAUAGAAUUCAAGGAUUGGAUACACUAGAUAGUAAUGUCAGUUUGAAUGAAUCAAUUAAUAGAAACAAUGAGUCUGUAAAAUUUGUGAAUGCUCUCGGAGAAGAAUAUUCUUAUUCAAAAAGUGUGAAACGUGUUGACAGCUCCACUUCUGACCUCUUAUUGGCUUUAAAUGCUAAAGAAUAUAAUUCAGGAAAGACUGAGAGAAAUUGUAACACUGAGACCACACCAUUUCAUUUAAGUGAACAUUUACUGAAAACUGAAAAGGAAGCAAAUACUAAACAAAAGUUAGAUGAUACUAUAGGUAACUUAUGUUUCCACUUAGAAUGUCACAAAAUAGACAGUGAUUCCUUUUCAGUGAAACAAGAUCUCGAAAACCUUAGCCAAGAGGAUUCCCUACUAAAGCCAGAAAGUCAGCUAAAUUCUAGUGAGAAAACAAACAAAUUUCAGACAAUGUACUGUGAAUUUAGAAAAGAGGCGCCUUUUACUACUUGUGAACGUGACAGUAAAUUGGAACAGCUCCUGGAAGAUGAAGAGAAAUACGCAGAUGAAAUUUUGUGUAACUUGGAAAAUGCUUUGGUUGCAAACAUGAUUGAAGUGCCCUCAAAAUUGAAGAGUGUGUUAGAUUUUCAAACUGAUAUGAAAGGCAGCACUGAAACAAAAAUGUCAAAUGUUUUAAGUCCUAAUACCAUGGAAGAUGACAAUCAUGUGAGCAUCAUUGGGCAAACUCCCUCAUAUCAAGCAGAUAACAUUCGUGUGGAAACUGGUUGUCUGAGGACUUCAUUAAGGGUAAGAAAUCAUACUUUAGCAUCUUGCAAACCACAUAACAUAAGUACACAUGCAAUAAUCCGAAAGGAAAACUGUCUAGAAUGUCAGCUUUCACCAGCACUGCCAGAAAAUAAAGGUAAAUUAUAUGACUAUUCCAGUUCAUUUAACAAAAACAGUAUUUCCUCUGUAUCUUUGCUGGCAUAUUCAAAUGUGAAUAAAAUGGACUUGAAUUAUAAACAAGAUGAACUAUGGGAUAAAUGUUCAUUCCAUGCAAUGGAAAAUGAAUUGAGUGCUGGGACUGACCCUGCCAGAUUAACAGGUGGUGGUGUAGAAAUGGUAAAACAGCCAAAACUAGAAAUGCAUCAACGGGAGACUGUUAAUAAUGAAACAGAAAAUAGUGAGCCAGAUUCUGAAGUUACCAUUUUUGAUCGUGACAGUAAUACACUAAGUCUCAAUAGAGACUUAAUGCACAAUCAGAAUGUUUUCUCAGUUAUGCAUGAUAGACCUGUAACUUUGGAAGACUAUACAGAUGAUAGAUUAAAAAUGGGGAACAGCUUCAGAAAUCAUGAAAGAGCUAGUAAUCAUAUAUUUGGAUCUCCGAGCUGUCUGUCUCCAUCAAGUCAAAGAUCCUAUUCAGAUGUUCUUCAGAAACAAGUGAGAAAGUGUGAUGUGAUAGGUAACUGUGACGAUACAGAAUUAGAAUCAGUUUACAUUAAAAGGCCUACUGAACCUUCAGCUGAAGAACUUUCAGAAACUUAUGAAAAAUGUCUUUCAGAUCUACAGGAACCAGAAUUUCAAAGGGGUGAAGAAAAUCUGUGUCUCAAUCCGUCAAAAGAAGAAAAUGUUGAUGUUCCUAAUACAUCAACUGACCAUGCAGAAGCACAAACCAGUGAGAAUAUAAAGUGGUUGGGAACAAAGAACACUGAAUCUGAAAACAGCAGUUGUAUUCUAGAUGCUGAGAUGAAAAGUUUGAAAACUAUUUCCACUGCAAAUCACGAACAGACUGAAACUUGUGAUCUGAACUCAACUGAUAAAGAUUUUUGUGGGGUUUUUACUGACCCAGGGCAGGUAGAUAGAUAUGCUGCUACUCCUUCAUAUGAAUUAUCUAAUGUCCCAGUUGGUGCUAGAGAACUUCAGCAAGGCAAUGAGAGGUGUGUUUUAGAUCUGAUGGAAGAUAUUUUGAAUGAAUCAGAAAAUACCUGUAAACUAGAUACACAAAAUUCCCAAGAUGGAAUGGGUUCACAGUUCUUAACUCUGCAGACUGAUAAUGCUGAUUUAACAAAUCAGAUUUUUUCUGACACCAUUUUUAGUGGUAAUAGUGAAUAUCUGAUGGGCUAUUUAUGGAAUACUGCUACUUCUAAUACAGUUACGGAGAAUGACAGACAACACAUAACUAAUGAGAAUUUCCAGAACCAGCCUCAAGAUUUGACAGUUUCUUCAUUUGCUGUAGAAAGAGAUCCUUAUCAGUUACUAGUAGCAAAAAAUGGUGAUAUUUGGGGAUGGCAAGAUGAAGAAUUUGAGUCAACCAAGGUUUCUGAGUUAAAUCCUAAUGCAAAGGUAUGGGGGAAUCAUAUGUUACAUUUGGAAGCUAGUGGUGCCACUGAUGGUAGCGUGAACAAAACCUGGGAAGAAAUACCUGACCAUCCUCCAGAUUCCUGCAAAGAAGGACUGGAUGCCAAUGGUGAUGGUGACAAAAAGCAGCAAAAUGCAGUGUUAACAGAACUGCAAGAGCCAACGCUAACAGUUCCAGGGUCGGACCAAAGAGAGAUGAACCCUUUGGCUCUAGAUAAUUCAGAGUAUGAAUCGAUACAUGAAACCACCCAGACAGGUAGGAAAAUACUGGCUUACAGAUACCUUAGAGAAGAAGUGAAAACUUUCCAAGGAAAACCAAUUAAGGCAAGGAUAAAAGCAAAGGCAAUAGCUAUAAAUACAUUUUUGCCAAAGAAUGGAUAUAGACCUCUGGACAUGAACCUCUACACACAACAGCGUUAUACAGCAUCCUUUUAUUUACCUCCAGUAUACAGUCCCCAACAGCAGUUUCCUCUUUACAGCUUAAUUGCCCCACAGACCUGGUCUACUACGCACAGCUAUCUUGAUCCAACAUUGGUAACGCCAUUUCCCAAUGCUGGAUUUAUCAAUGGCUUUACAUCACCAACCUUCAAGCCCCCUGCUUCUCCAUUGACUUCACUCAGACAGUAUCCUCCCAGAAGCAGGAAUCCUAGCAAAUCACAUCUACGGCACACCAUACCCAAUGCAGAAAGGGGACCUGGGCUUCUAGACAGUCCUACAAUAUUCAACUUUUCUGCUGAUCGUUUAAUUAAUGGUGUCAGGAGUCCACAGACAAGGCAGCCGGGGCAAAACAGGACACGGAUGCAAAAUACUACUACAAGUUAUACCAAGAGGGAUAUAGGAACUGGACGAAUGGAACAGACUAAUAUUGACUCUUCCCCUGGCUUAGGAAGAGGAAGGAAAAAUUCAUAUGGCUAUCGAAAGAAAAGGGAGGACAAGUUUACAAGAGGUCAAACGCAGUCUCCGCCACCUCCAAAGCCUCCAUCUCCUAGUUUUGAAUUGGGAUUAUCUAGCUUCCCUCCAUUACCUGGGGCUGCAGGCAAUUUGAAGACUGAAGACUUGUUUGAAAACAGACUGUCCAGUGUCAUAAUGGGAACGUCAAAGGAAAGAAACCUAAAUGUGGAUGCAAGUACAAACACUAUUCCAUCAGGAAUUCCUCGAGAGCCAUUGUUGCCAGCGUCUCCUGCUCUGUCUGGGACGUUUGAAAGGUCUCCUUCCCCAUCCCAGUCUCCUGAUGACUCCAAGGUUGUCGACAAGCAGCAGAGAGAGACACAAAGUAUGGAAAGACUUUCUUCCACGCUCAGUACUGCAUGUAAAUCAGUACAAGUCAAUGGGGCUGCCAUAGAACUACGAAAACCUAGUUAUGCAGAGAUUUGCCAGAGAACAACUAAGGAUCCACCUACGUUGCAGCCCCAGAAAGAACAGAAGCCAAACACUGUAGCUUGUGGGAAAGAUGAAAGAAAACCCACAGAAACAAUAGAGAAAAACAGAGAACCCCCUCCCACAAAGUCAAAUCCAGGACAGCCCAAAGACCAGAGGAGACAGUCAGGGCGCAGAUCGCCCCCUCCAGCUGUUGGGAAACGUUUAAAUAAAGAACAGAACACCCCCCCAAAGUCUCCUCAGUGAAACUAAUGCUUGGGAGGGGGUUGAAAAGAGUUCUACUUCCCACAAAUUAAAACCCAUGUUCCCACUCAGAGUACAGAGAAUGAGUUGCUGGUUAGGGAGCUUGCAGUGCUGCUAGGCAUAUAGAAUGCCUGCAAGUUUUUUCUUCUAUGAAAUAAUUUUUUACCCUCUUGAGCAAACAUUCUAUUUUUCCAGGAUUUAAUUGAUCUAAACCUUAUAUUUAGGUUGGUGCUUAACUGGAGGUGAUGCUUAGUCUGAUUAUUUUCAAGAUAGAAAAUGUGUUAUCUUAAAAAAUCAAUUUUUUUAUCAAGCCUCCUUAUGGCAAUAUGAAUACAAGCUCAAUAUAGUGAGUAUUCCUGAACUAUUAAGCAGAACUGUGCUGCUGCAAUUUUUUAAUAAACUGGUCUGCAAGUAACUAUAUCUCUAAAAUGUCCAAAAGACUGAUAAUGGCAGCUAGCGUAGAGCAUGAAAAAAAGUAUAUCGUACAAAAUAGUAUGAAUAUGACCUUGAGGAUUUUUUUAUUGGGCUGCUGUUCCAAGUAUCAGUUAAUAAACUUGCACUUUUAGGUUAAACUAAUAGUUGAUUAUAGCAUUUUUUUAAAACUAAUCUUUUUUGAUGUCUUCUGCAAAAAAAAGUAAGUCCUCCAGAGAGCACCAAUAGAGAUUUUCUAAAAUAUUUAUGUUCGGAUGUACUGCAAGCAAGUAACCAGCUUCUCACUCCAGAAUAAAAUGAAUACUAUAAUUUCCAAAUACAAAGCACAUUGUGAAUAGAAAAAAAAUUGAGGUUGUGAGCUUCUAUAGUGGUGAAGCCUGCUAAUGGCUGUUAUCACAAGAAAGCACAGUAGUGUUCUUGUGAUGAUCUAAACUUCCCCCUCACCAGGAUGGAGUUAACUAGUCAUUACUGUACUUUCUAGUUUAUCCCUGUGCUCAGUGUAGACUUUUUUUAACUUGGCCCCAAGUGCUCUUUGAAAGAGUUCAUAUCUUAGUCAGCCUAGUGUUGACGUCUUCCUGUAACUACAAGCAUUGGCAUGUGGAUUUAAAUUUUUCAAACCUUGAGAUAAUGGUAUUUGUUUUUUGUGGUGGAGGAAGAGAUCCCUGCUAUUUACCUCUGGGAUGAGGUUUCUCACACUUGUAUUUACUUUAGAAGUGAUGCGCUUUCUGAAGGACAAGGAUGCACUAAAUUAGCAAGCUUCUAAUAAAGUUGAAUAUAAAUUAUUUUUGUUUUAAAAUGCCUAAAAAUUUUCUUUAAGUGUUUAAAUAGCAGGCAGUUCAGAUAAACCUCUUUCCUGCUGAAUAUAACAGUACAGUUUAUUCCACAAAAAUGUUUGUUUAAACAACUGAUUUUUUUAAAGAAUUAUUUCCAUCCAAUAUUUAAAGACUUGAAUUUUAUUUAAACUUGAAAAUGACUUUGCCUUAACUUUUGUAUAAGACAGCUUAGAGUUAAUGAAGUCUGACCCCCUUAAGGGUUAGCAUGAGUUAAUUACAGAAUUACUCAGUUACAGUAUGUAUCUAUUGUCACUGGUCUUACUGGGUAAACAUACUGUAGUACAGGAACUAGCAGCAGUUUUUGUAAUAUACCUUAAAGAUCUUAAACAGUUGAUCUUUUUCAGAUUGUUGAAAAAUCUGUAAAUGCAAAUAGUCAAUACUGUAUUAAAUAUGUGCACUUGGAAGUGUGUGCUUUGCUUGUACAGUUGUAAAUAAUCAGAACAUAUAAAAAGGUACCCUAAAGAAAAAAAAUCUGAUAAAAAUUAUUGAUAUAUUAUAAAUGUUGCUGUUGAGCUGGAUGUAGAUAAACUAAAUGUUGUGGUUUGAAUAUUACUUUAAUUUGUUGUUUUUUGUUUUUUAUUUUAUUCUGGUGUGCUGAACUGACUCUGCCUCUUCACUGCAAAAGGGAAAUGGAAAGAAAGUCUUAUUUCAAAGCCCUCAAAUGUUUUCAUAAUAGUCUCUCUAAAAGUGUGCAUUUCAACCAAUAGGUGUUCCGUAACAUAAUGUAAAUAGCAAACUCUGGCAGUCUAGCGGUUCAGCUGAAAUUUUAAAAAUCCCAGUAAUAAAAUCAAAUAAAUUCAUUGGGAUAAUAGUUCAAAUCACCAGGAAAAAACACCCUGAAGCUUAUUUGACCAUCUCUUCCAGGGAGAGUAUCCAUGCUUACGUAGAUGGAUAAUGAGCUUGACUAUGGCUGUGUGUAAAAAUAAAUAAAAAAAAUAAAUAAAAAGUGUAAAAGUAGCAGUUAAUUUCCUAGCAAUUUUUAUACUGCAGACAUCUGAUAGCAAUGAGUUGACCUUUUAAAUCCAGCCUGCUGUGUACUGCAGAGUUGGUUAACAUGGGCAAGAUGGGAUUUGUUUGUUCCUUGGUUAAAAAGCACACUUUGAAUUCUGUUGGAGGAGAUAGGACUCUGACAACAGUGAACAUCACCAAAAUUUAGAAACCAGUUCUGUCAUUGGAUUUUAAUACUUAUCCUUUCCCCAGUGGGCAGUGAAAAUGGCAGCUAGACUUGUAUAUGGUUUAGGCCAGCUGUGUGAUUUGUUGUUUGCCUGCUGAAAGUAUAAACCUCAACAGCUGCAAACAAUACAAAAUGGUCACUUACAGCAACAGUGUACAGCUAAUCAUAAUAGCCAACUGGGACAUAAGGUAAUAUAUUGAGACCAGCGGAUUGUGUUGUGCUGUUCUAAUGUAUUCUGCUGCCAUUUGUACUAGGUCAAUACACUGUAAUUACUGCUUACCCAGCAACAGUCUGUUGCAACAGGAGUUUAAACCUUGCUCUGAUGUGGUUUUAUAGCUUUUUAAAAAUAAGCAAAAGUGACCUGCCAAGUAGCUGUAUAUAAUAUACAAAAACUUAUCUUUGCUGCAUUUACUUUGAGAUUUUUCCACUCAGUGACAAAAUGGACUUUCAGAGUAGAAAGUUGUGAUGUUGCAUGCAGACUGUUGCUAUGGUUCCUAUAGCUAUUAACAUGUGGCUUUUAAAAAGUUAAAAGGAAAAAAUCUUCCCAGAAAGCAGUAUCUGAGUUACAGGUUCAGAGAUAAAGUAAUUAAAAUUGGCAUUUUAACUUGUAGGAUUGUGUGGUGAUGCUUUUCAUUUGGAAGUAUAAAACAAGUUAACACAGGAUUUGAGACUUUUGUUCCAGGAAUGUAUUUGAAACAAAAGUUGGUUUUGAGACAUAAUGUGAAUUUCAUUUCAGAUCAGUCCCCACCAUGACAUCAUAAUUUGCCACUUAGAAAUCAGUGGAAAGUGGCAAACUUUUAUGUUGCUGCAUUAUCUUCUGAAGAUUCAGCAGUUAAUAUGGAAAGGCCCUUGUUUGUGGGUGCGAUGCAGUGUAUCACAAGCAACAGCUGACUGUAAUGGUGCAUACCUAUCUCUAUAUCUCCUUCAGCUAGCGACGGUUAGGGAUUUUUAUGUGCUUUGUAACCUAUUACACUAAUAGCAGCAGACAAUCGAAGACUUUCAAGGAGAGCUAACAGCUGCCAAUUCAUGACAUAGAAGUGUAAUAUGGAAGCUUUUUUGAGGGUUUUUGUUUUUGUUCUACUUCUUCCAUUAAGACUGGAAUCAAGCUUACAUGUAAACUAUUGGUAAUUUAAGUUUCCUUUUGUGUCAUAAAAUGUAAAACUGUCUAAUUUGAAAAAUAUGUAGGUUAUGAAAAAUAAAGAUUUAGGCACUGUUGAAUUCUU